CGGAAAAGCGUCUGAAAGCGACGACCAUAUUAUUCGCCUCGGCGUUUUCUUCCUUUUCGCGGAUGUUAGUCGGUCGCUUUUUUUCACGACGAUUAAAUUCUGACGUAAUUUCCCUUCGAACGGGUUACGGAAGUCGCGGUGCAGAAACUCAAGCGUAUAAGUUUACUUUACGUAUAUAAUAUAACGUGCGGCGGUUCGAUAUGGUUUUCCCCAUCGUAUUUAUAGAGUUCUUUUUUCCUCACUUUUCUACAUCUUUCGAUUGUUGAUAUAAAAAAACCGUACACCAUUCGCCAGACUCCACUCCCGGUUGUUACGUAGCUUCUCUACCGGCUGCGUUGAUGUGUGCAUAAAAUAAUUGAAUUUAUUAAUUAAAAUCCAAUUUAUUUCAUCCUUUCUCGCGGAUAAUUCAAUUCGGUGAUGUGGAUACGUUACGUCGGAGUAAAACCGGAACGACGAUGUCGAUUGUGAUAAUUCGUAAUAAAAUUUUCAAACUGUGCGGAUGAGUUUCGAAGGGGUUGAAAACUCGAGAAUAGAAAAAAAAAAAACGACAACGUUUUUAAAACCAAACAAACUUCGGUACACAUUGUGAGUUUUCACUUUUCUCAAAAGAGAGAGAUGUGAACGAAAAAAACGUAGUUUUCCAUUACAAUAGAAAUCUGGCAACGGAUAUCAGCUUUAAUUCUACACCGUACGGUAUUUCUCACGCGGCAUUCUCAUCGCGGAAAUAUUUUUUCAUCCACACUAUAAAGUAUAUAUAUAUAGAGAGAAAAUGUGAAAGAAUAUGUAAAAAUAAUGUGCUAUAAAUAGACGGUGAAAGAAGGGGUGUCUUGUAUUGCGUUGUUAUCAAUAAAAAUAUGGCGCGCGCGUGUCAAACAAAUAACGAUACGCGUAAAUAAGCAGGUAUAAUCUAUACACGUAGGUCGUAUGUAACGAUCGUCUUGAAAAAAAAAAAUAAAAAAAAGUAAAAAAAGUAAAAAUAAAAAAACCAACAAAAAAAAGUACAUCGACCGAUGAACCAACAAAUAAAUAAACGAACAAACGAGAUGAAAGAUCGUUCGCGUCCCAAAAAAUAUACCCUGUUUUGACAUUCGUUCGCAUCGUAAUUGAGAAAAAAACCAACCCCCGGUUGAAAGGUGUGAACGCUCGGAGGGAAAAAAAAAAACUGCAAUCGUUGUUACGAAAAUUUGGAACGUGCGUCAUCGAUGUGAUUGUGUGUGUGUAAUUUGUUGGAGUAACUUUGCAUCCCGGCGCGACGCGUCGAUUUAGAAUGUUUCGUGCAGAUUAGAUGAUCUCCCGCGCGCAUAAUGCGGCAAUCUGUGCGAAGUGACACGUGACCGUGCCGACGCGUGUGUACGUACGGGUGUAUCGUAUCUAUAUAGCAUUGCAAACUGUAGGUGAAGCGCUUUGUUCCUACAGACGGACCUCGAAACGUUGAGCUCUCGUAGUCGGUUCGGUGUUGCUGUUGUUACCGGUACACCGUUUCCAGUGUGUACGGAGAAUACACAGAGGACUUGGGGAUUGAGAGGGAGAGAGAGAGAGAGAGAGAGAAAGAGAGAGAGUUGAUUGACCCGUAAACGGGAAAUAAUAAUUGGGGGGAGACAAGGAGUGGUCGAGAAGAAGAAGAGAAAUCUGGUGCUCGUUGGAUCGGGAACGCAUGAAGUCACAGGAGGAAGAGGUGCGCCACGUGCGCCGGGUCUCGACCUCGAGGACGUUUCGCGGAGGGAAUGAAAGCCCGACCAUGGCCCCCACCAACUACGCUCCUACAGGUUCCUCCUCGCACAGCAGCACUCCUCAGAGCCCGAACAGUCCCAGGGCGCCGCUUGAAACCUGCCAUUUUCACUGGAAGGUGAUGUUGUUGGGAGACAGCGGCGUCGGGAAAACCUGCCUCCUGCUACGAUUUCGCGAGGGUCAUUUUCUCGCUGGAAACUUCCUGUCCACCGUCGGAAUCGACUUUAGGAAUAAAGUUGUCACGGUCGACGGAGCUAGAGUUAAAUUACAAAUCUGGGACACCGCUGGACAGGAAAGGUUUCGGAGCGUUACGCACGCGUAUUACAGAGACGCUCAUGCUCUGCUCUUGCUCUACGACGUGACGAACAAGACGAGUUUCGAUAACAUCAGGGCAUGGUUGGGUGAAAUUCGUGAAUACGCGCAUGACGACGUUGUCAUUAUGUUACUUGGUAACAAGUCAGACUGCGGCGGAGAACGAGCUGUCAGACGCGAAGAUGGUGAAAGACUUUCCCGAGAAUAUCGAGUACCUUUCAUGGAAACUUCCGCAAAAACUGGGCUGAACGUAGAGCUAGCUUUUACCGCUGUCGCGAGAGAAUUGAAAGCGAAAAAGAGUGGAAACCCGGAUGAAAGUCGUUUUAACGUACAAGAUUAUGUUCGGCAACAAUCUCAACGAAGUACUUGUCUCGGGAGUAAUUGUCUGACUACGUGAGUCUCGCUUAGCUUCUUCAUCAAGAGUCUUCGUCGCAAUUUUACUAAACGGCUUCAGAUUUAUCACAAAAAUAUCUAUAACGCCUCUCGCCUAUAUCAUUAGGAGGAUGUUGUCGCCAGCUGGUCAACGAUAAUAGGAACAACCUCUAUAUAGAGGCAAUAAUUGUCUUCGUACGGAUCUGUAUAUAUAUAUAUGCAGCUUCGGAUACCCGAUGAAUUUUAUUCUCGUGCUACUUUAUGCAUAUUGUUAUAACCAUGAAAUAUUCAUGGAUCAAGGCACGAUUAUUUAUUUGUUCACUGAAAAAUUGUCGGUUUGAUAUUUUUUUUUUUAAUUUUAUUAUCAAUUAUUAUUGAUUGAGAUUGAUCGCGGAGCGCAAAUUAGUGUUAUAGAAUCUUUAUCUCUGUACUAGGAAUCACCAUUCGUCAUUAAGAUUCUUCGUUAAAUCAUGUAAUAAAAAAUUCCGAAAUAUUCUCUUUCUACUUGCACUUACAGUGUAAAAUGAAGAUAAUAUUCGUUGUCACGUUUUCAAAGAUGUAUGCAUAGGUAUAUACGGGUGUAUGUGAUUUCUAUUAUUAUUAAAUAUAAUUAUGAUUCUUAGAAUUAUUAUUUAUAGCCAAAGAAAGAUAGCACCUCGUUCAACGACUCAAAACAACGCGUUUCAACUAAUGGACAAUUAAUAUCCUGUUAUACACCAGAAAGUUUUAGGCACAAAUACGACUACGACAAUUAUAACUAGAAUACUUAUACAGGUUCAUUCGAUCUGUACGUUUCAUUAUUUUUACAGCAGUCACGCACGUUUAGGAGACCAAGAUCACAUACAAUAAUAUAAAGACAAAAUAUGAGAAAUAUAAUGGAUUGCAUGUUUAAUUCCUAAUCGUUUGAAAAAAUGAAUGUUACAUAUGCACCAUAGAACAAUGUAUACCGUAUCUGGUGGCAUUCAGAUUGACAUUUACAAUUUUUAUUGAGAGAGAAUCCUGCGAUCUGUGUCGCAAAAAAGGUCCAUACAGCGAUAAUGCCAGCAAUUGAUUAACUAAUUUAUCGACUUUGUUAAUUUUAUAAAAAAAAAAAAAAAAAUAAAAUGAAUGAAUGAACAAAUAACCUGGAAAAACAAACAUGAAAAAAAAAUAAUUAGGUGUAAGUAUACAUAUAUCACCGGAUAAGCGUGUGAAUUAUAUCAUACUAUAUAUAGUUGUGGAUUGUUAAGCUUCGAUGGCACAUCAUAGACUGUAAAAUCGUAGCAGAAACCAAAAUAAUGCAUUAUCGUGAAAAGAUAUUAUGAUAUAAUAAUUGUUAUGUCAUUACGUAGAGCUUUUAUGUUUGUUACGGCACAUAUAUCAGAAACGGCAUUGAUAAUUAUAAUAUCGUUAUAUUGUAGAAUAGAUUGCGAGAGUCUAUCGACAUGUUAAAAAUGGCAUGUAAAUAUGUCAUGUACGGAAUAUGUAUGCAUAUAAAUACAUACAUACGAUUAAAUUCAUGCGUGUAUUCUUGUAAAAUACUCGAAAUACAGAUGAUGGAUAGCUGAAUACAUAUGAAAUAAAUACCAUCUCAUUAAUCAUGAA